AUGUCUAAUAAUGCUGAUAUUUCUUUAAAUAAUAUACUUAUACCGAAUAUAUCUGUUGAAUUAAUAUUUAUUGUUAAAAAUGAUAUUGUCGUGGAAUUUUUUGUUGUCUUUGCGGUGAGUUGGGAAUUAUUUUUCCAGGGUUUUAAAAUGGAUGUUUUGGUUGAUGACUUCGUAGAUUUGGCUUUCAACUCGGAUUUUUUUGAAGUAGAAGAGGAAGGUCGUGAGAAUACCCUUGUUAAAAAAUUAGAUGUAGAUGGAGGAGUCUUCUUUGACAUUUUUAUAAAAAUUUCGAAAAACGGAGAAAUAGAAAAUUUGGUAUUUAGUUAA